AACUCAAUGAACAUUAUGGUGAUAAAUUAAAAUGUUCAUGUUCAUUGAUUGCAUUAGCAUAUGAUCAAUUUGUCAAAAUUCAACCACGAUUUCAUGAGAUAUGUUCAAGUCCAUUUGCUUCGGAUCAGUGGCGAAGAAAUCUCACAGCUGGUCUUGUUCCUAAUCUUACUGAAUACGAACAAAGAGAUUAUCGUCGUUUUCUCUCUGCUCAUUUACAAUUUCUUACUAGAUUAUGUCAGCUUUCCAUGGACUUAGUGAACGAUGCUGUGAAUCAACUCAAUUCUUCACUACUUGUCACUACUCAACUUCUGUCGGAAACAGGAAAUGAUAGUUUUUUGCAAGGAAUUACUGUAGCUGAUUUGAAUGGUGACACUUACUUAGAUAUUGCUGUUGCUAACAGCUACCAAAAUAAUGUUCGUGUGUUUUUUGGGGAUGGUAAACAAACUUUUAUAGCACAAAUGACAUUAUAUAGUGGACGUAGCAGUUAUCCGAAUGCGAUCGCUGUCGCAGACUUUAACAGUGAUGGUUACAAAGAUAUUGCUGUUCUCAAUUAUUAUGGUAGAAAUGUUGGUAUAUUUCUUGGGUACGGUAAUGGAUCUUUUCAAGCGCAGCAGAUGUCUUUCACCGGUAGUUUUUACCAUCCAACUGAUUUUAAGGUUGGCGAUUUCAACAGUGAUGGUCGACUCGACGUCGCUGUAUCAUAUAAUACUAAUGGUUGGAUAAGUGUAUUAUUUGGAUUUGAUAAUGGUACUUUGGGUUCGACAGCAAAGCUUGUCCUAGGAAACUAUUCAUCAUUAACAGAAGUUGGCGUCGGUGAUUUUAAUGGUGAUGGUUACCUAGACAUUAGUGUUGGUACGGGUGGUUCGUCGAUAGCUAUCUUAGUUGGGAAUGGCAAUGGGGAUUUUGAGCAGCAAGUAAUAGUGACGCUUGAAGACGAUGGUUAUUACAUAUCAUCUAUUGCUGGUGACUUUAAUGGUGAUGGUUAUCAAGACAUAGUUGCUAUGGACCAAAAGUAUGGAUUUUUAUAUUUGCUCUUGAAUACAGGUCAAUGCUAUCCAAACAAAACUCUCGAGACAAGCACAUUCAUCCACCAAUGA